AGAUCGCAAGGCACAUCACUCUGCAUCGGCCGACCAAACUGGCAAUGGCGCAAGACGGUUGCGAGAGCUCCACCAGUAAGGCGUCGGCGUCGGCGGGCAGCAGCGGCUGCUCCACGCCGUUCAGGUUCAACGUGCACGCGCGGGAGUUCGUGCCGGUGGUGGCGCCGGCGGCCGGACCCAUGGGCGCCGGCGCUCUGGCGGCCGCCGGCUACUUCCCGCCGUUCUUGCAGCUGCCCAGCGGCGGCGGCGGUGGGGUUGGGCUGGGCGCGGCGGACUGGAGCUUCCUUGCCGAGCCGGACCCCACGUUCUUCCUGCCGGACUUUGGGCACGCCGAGUUCGCCGGUGCUGCCGGCGUCACCGGACACCCCAAGGGCGCAAGUCCGGCCGACAUCGCGCACAAGAUUAUCAAGCAGGUUGAGUACCAAUUCAGCGACACUAAUUUGGUUGCGAAUGAUUUCUUGACGAAGAUCAUGAACAAGGAUCCUGAGGGCUACGUUCCUUUGUCUGUAAUCUCGUCAUGGAAGAAGAUCAAGGCUAUGGGGGUGACAAACCAACUGCUGGUCAGGGCUCUUCGGACCUCGGAAAAGCUCGUUGUCAGCGACGACGGCAGGAGAGUGCGACGGGCGCAGCCAUUCACCGAGAGACACAAAGAAGAGCUGCAGUCCCGGAUGGUCAUCGCGGAGAAUCUGCCAGACGACUCCACGAGGAACAGCCUCGAGAAGAUCUUCGGCGUCAUUGGCAGUGUGAAGAACAUCAGAAUCUGCCAUCCGCAGGAGCCCAGCUCUUCCAGAUCUUCGAAGCCUGACGCAAACCCACUGCUGGUCGGUAACAAGUUGCAUGCUCUCAUAGAGUACGAGACCUCGCAGCAAGCCGAGAGAGCAGUGGACAAGUUGAACGACGGGAGGAACUGGAGGAAGGGCCUCCGCGUGCGCACCGUGCUGCGCCGGCCGGCCAAGCCGGUAACUCGUCUGAAGCGGCCGGACUUGGACCACCUCGCUGCCUCCGACGAGGAGCGCUCGCCGGACUCCCCGACGGCGGCGGCGCGCUUGCCUGACUACAGCCAGGAGGACCAGCACGCCGGCGCCAGGAAGCCGUGGGGCAGAGGGCGCGGCCGGCCGCACGCCGCCGCCGCCGCGGCGCAGCACUCCUCAGCGCACGCCGCUGGCGCGGCCGCGCACCUGGAGUCCCUCGCCGCGACCCCGAGGCACGCGGCGCAGGGGCCGAGGAUGCCGGACGGCACGCGCGGGUUCACCAUGGGGCGGGGGAGGCCGCCACUGGCCGUGGCAGCGGCGGCUGCUGUCCGAGUCGUGUAGGUCGCCCAGCUGUCCAGCUCCGCGGUGGCGUCUGACCGGUCAAAACGUUUGUUGAUUGGUUUGGAGGAGAGGAUGAAAGUGGCAGUGAUUUUUUUCCUUUUUUUUUGUUUGUUCUUCAUUUUUUUGCCCUUGAAUAAAUAGUUUUGAUUUUGUUUUGAUGAAUAAUAUGGUAUUCUUACAUUGGUAUAAUGCUCAUGUGCUCGGACGAGCAGAUGGAAAAAGAAUGAGUGCGGCUGCAACUAGUGGCUGGUGAAGUGUUUAGUUACAACUUACACGAAUCAAAGUGCCGGUAAAC